AUGAAUCUGGGUGUGGAUGCCCUGGGCUCGCAUGGCUACAUGUGGUCUGCGGUUGUGAGGCCGGUUGGACGUAUGUCGUCCCAGCUCCAGGUGUUCUCUGCUCCCUCCAGCUCCUCCAGCGCAUUUUGUCGUGUCAAGAAGAUGAAGGUGGAGAACUGUGUUUGGGACGCUUCCUCUGACUGCCCAUACGGUUCCGUGGGGGGACAGCAGGGAGUAGGGGGUUACUCCUUCACCCCUGCACUAGGCAUGGCAGUGCCCCCCUUCGCCCCCUCCGCGUUAGUGUUCCCUCCCGCCCCAGGCUCCCGUGGCCAGGUGGUGGUCAGACCAGCAGACAGCACGGGCAACCUCCCCCGGGGUUCCAGUCGCCGCCUCAACGACCAGUACACACACUCCUCACACACAAACUCUGAGACGGCCAGCAUGGGGAACGGGAUGCGACGACAGGGCCAGAAGAGGAAGAAUGACGAGAGGAGCUCUCUGCCCCUCCUCCCGUCUUCUCUACGCGUACAGGGGGGAGGAGGAGGAGGGGGUACGGGCCAGUCCAUCCCCCACUCGGCACCCACCACCAAGAGCUCCAGCUCCAGCGGAGAGGGGGACUACCAGCUGGUGCAACAUGAGAUUCUGUGUUCGGUCUCCUGUAGUUAUGAGGUGCUGGAGUUCCUGGGGAGGGGGACCUUCGGUCAGGUGACCAAGUGUUGGAAGAGGGGAACCAAUGAUAUCGUGGCCAUCAAGAUCCUCAAGAACCACCCCUCGUACGCACGACAGGGUCAGAUCGAGGUGGGCAUCCUGAACCGUCUGAGCGCGGAGAACGCCGACGACUUUAACUUUGUGCGUUCCUACGAGUGUUUCCAACACAAAGGCCACACCUGCCUGGUGUUUGAGAUGCUGGAGCAGAACCUGUAUGACUUCCUGAAGCACAGCAAGUUCAGCCCCCUGCCGCUACAACACAUCAGACCCAUACUGCAACAGGUGGCGACGGCGCUGAUGAAGUUGAAGUCUCUGGGUCUGAUCCAUGCUGACCUGAAGCCAGAGAACAUCAUGCUGGUGGAUCCACUCAGACAGCCCUACAGGGUCAAGGUCAUCGACUUCGGCUCAGCCUCACACGUCUCCAAGGCUGUCUGCUCAACGUACCUGCAGUCACGAUACUACAGGGCUCCAGAGAUCAUCCUGGGCUUGCCGUUCUGUGAGGCUAUAGAUAUGUGGUCUCUGGGCUGCGUUAUAGCUGAGCUGUUCCUGGGGUGGCCCCUGUACCCCGGGGCCUCGGAGUACGACCAGAUCCGGUACAUCUCCCAGACCCAGGGCCUGCCUGCAGAGUACCUGCUGAGUGCCGGCACCAAGACAAGCCGCUUCUUCAAGAGAGGACCUGACUCCAGCUACCCCGUCUGGAGAAUCAAGGCCCCUUCGGACCACGAGGCUGAGAUGGGCAUCAAGUCCAAGGAGGCUCGUAAAUACAUCUUCAACUGUCUGGACGACAUGAUGCAGGUCAACCUAUCGUCUCACCUGGAGGGGACGGACAUGCUUGCGGAGAAAGCUGAUAGGCGGGAAUUCAUCGACCUGCUGAAGCGGAUGCUUCGAUUGGACGCUGACAAGAGGAUCACGCCCACUAAGACGCUGGGUCAUCCCUUUGUCACCAUGAGUCACCUGCUGGACUUCCCUCACAGUUCCCAUGUGAAGUCUUGUUUUCAGAACAUGGAGCUUUGUAAACACAGGAGCUCAUCGUUCGACAACGACAACAACAACAAAACUCUCUUCUCCACCAACACUCUUCCUAGUGCUGCCACCGGCAACCUCACUGUCACCUUCAGCAGCCAGCUGAGCCAGCACAACCAGGUCCCGUCAGCAGGGGGCGCUGUUCCUCUCAUGAACUACCAGCCGGCCCUGUACCAGCAGGCCACCAUCAACAUCCCUGGUCUGGCCCAGCAGAGUGUCCCCGUGCAGGCACGCCCCACCGGCCUGGCCUGCCAGACUGAGCCCUUCCAGCAGACUCUCAUCGUCUGCCCACCAAACACCAUACAAGGUCUCCAGUCAUCCAAUAAGAGCUCUAGUUUCCCAGUGAGGAUGAACAGUUCAGCCCCCAUAGUGAACCAGAACCAAUCAACACAGCCACUGCAGCUGCAGCCUGCCAUGCUCACACAGGGCUCCUGCACACCCCUGAUGGUAGCCACCCUCCACCCCCCCCCCCCCACGGUAGCGGGCGUAGCCCCCCAGUACUCUGUUCCCCUGGGGCUGGGCUGUGAUGCUGGCCACCCCACUCUGCUGGAGCACACUGCCACCGUGCUGCAGGCUUGGCCCGCCGGCACCCAGCAGAUCCUCAUCCCGUCGUCAUGGCAGCCGGUUCCUGGCGUGGCCAUCCACGGCUCCGCCCACCAGACGGUUGUCGCGGAGUCUCCCGUAGAGACGCUCCAUCCGGACACAGCCCAGCACACAAACAGCUGGAGGGGGUCUCAGUACAGGGGAGUACUGCAGCAGAGUCAAUCGACCUCUGACCCUAGCCGGGGUCAGGCCACCCAGAGGUCACAGCAGGAGAGGAGCGGAGCUGGGAAGAGGGCCAAGGGUCGCCGCGGCAACAACAGAACCACCAGGUACAACUGA